CUACAAACCCCUCCGAACCCCGUUGUACCCUAGCUCAAAAGUGCGCGAAUGUCUACAACGGGACUUGAUUAGGUUGAAGCAAGGCAAACACUACACGAGGAUUGGCAAGCUUUUGGACCCGUCAUAGGACUCACUGGAUAUCAGAAUGUCAAACACCGACAGGAACCAUAGAGGUCCGGAACAGUCCCGUAUUUGGGGAGGCCCAGAGGGCAUAGGACUUUAGUGGGAACAAUGUGUUUCUAAAUCGACAGCGAUAGAAUCGACUAUGAAAAUCACGAGAAACAAGUAUCCGAAGGGAACGCGAGGAUUGGGGGAAGAUGGAAAGUCUGUCCAUUGUCCAAUGACAUUACUGGCGGAUUGUCGGUGGUAUGGGGUGACUUGUGAAGGCCUUCUUCUUGAGCCCACGAUUGAUAAACCCUAUCAAAGUGCGCGCCCCAAAUGAUAAAAAUAUCAAUAUUUCUCCAGAUAACGGAAAUCCGAUUGACUCCUGGAAACUGCAUUCCCUGUCCAUUGCUAGAUCACUGUGUUUUGGGAGGAGAUCCGGAAGUGGCCCCACAGACGAUUCGGAAGAAUAUUGAGCACGAACUUGAUCGGUCAUGACAUUCAUUGUCGACGACGACGAGUAGGAGAGCGAAAGGCCUUCGACUAUGCAGCCUGCUCAAAAACCAACCCCCUUCGCAUGCGGAAGCCAGAACGUAUCACCUUUAGGCUACGCGUGAAAUAUCCUGACGGCACGGGUGUCUGGAGGGUGGCCUGUUGACCGGGUGCGGAACUCACGCAUCACCAGAAGACAGAACCUGACGUGGCCCACCUGAGCGACAAGCUGAAGGGGCGGCGUUAACAUCAUUCACCCAUUGCCAACCAGCCUUCGACACGGGGUCAUUGGCCGACGGACUAAGGAAAAACAUCGGAUGUCGAGGGUACCCAAAUCCAGGAGAUCGUCCUCGAAGUCUGCCUGUAGUGUCGUGCGGCAGGCAAGCUCAGGAGGGUUAGCCAGCCCUCGCGUGGGAUUCUCGUAUCGAGGUGGCCGAAGUUGUGGGAGGAGAAGAUGUCGAUAUCGGCGUCGGAAGUGUGGUUGACGACCUCUGCAUCUUCACGUAGACCGUCUCGCCAUUCUUGUCUGUGUCUAACCACAGCUUUAAAGGAACGCCAUGUCGACAAUGCAGUUAACGAGAAUCAAUCGUGAACCCCGUGUAUCUGUGCAUGAACCUGUAGGUCUGAUGAACGUUACACAAAAAUGAAGUAUACAGGCUCGUUGCUCAUUAUCAUGCCUGCUCAACAGACCACCUGCCUGACGGUUAUUUCACUCUUCAGGUAGCGUCCAGCUCUGCACCUCCUGCAUGUGGGUAAAAGAAAGGAGCCACGGCGGUCUUCGUCGCCCUCAAUUCAACCUCGAUGCUCUGGUCCUUGUUAUUGACCUAGGGAUUAAUCUAUUCCAUGGGAACAUCCUUCGCCGAAUGGGCUGUGUUAUUUCGAAUCUUGAUCGUGUGGAUGAAGUAAAUGAUGUUUCCUGGCGUUCGGAAAGACAGACUGGAAGCUUUCGUCUUGUUUUGUCGGAGUUUGGCGCAAUACGAUGGGAGUAAAUGCCGUUCUCUGGAGCCGGAGGUCUGAGCUGUAUGUGGCAAAACGGUCACGCGACUCUCGAAGCGGAGUUGACUUCAUCUUUCGCUCGUCCGCGUCCUUUCACCUUCGUCUACCGCAUCAUCUUUGCUAUUCUACAUCUUCCGCAUACAAACCCAUGGAAAACCCAGUUCACGAUAUAUCUUCCCAACGGUUGAGCUUCGACAAUACCAGUCUAGGGGCUGGCGUUGCCUACGACACUAGUUCUCUGUCUUCAGUUUUUUCCGAACCAUACCCAUGCUGGGGUCUUUUGAGCGAUUAUGAUCUCGGCUUGCCAUUUUCCCCGUUCGAUGACACACUUGUGGAUAAUUCGGCCUCGACUUAUACCCACCCCCAUUUCCCUGCAGUCGGUUAUUUAUCUGUCGCGACUCAAUCCCCGGUUGUCGCAAGUAAUGCUGUAGGCGCUGUGACAUACUCAGCACAGGUGCCAGAGGCGGACUUUGGCUUUACUGACCAAGUGGAGGGCGCUCACACUCAAACAGGCUAUUCCACUGAGACGCCGGGCUAUGUGUUCACGACGGUGGCAUCCGACCAAUUUCCGUCUCGUUAUCCUUACCAAGUCGAUUGGUCGCCAGUUAAUGGACAAAGCAUGUUCCAAAACGCAGUCAACCAAUCCCCAGUAACCCCUUCUACUCCAGUCGAGUUCGUAGGACAACAGAUUUCCAGGCCCAGUUGGCAGGAACCAACCACAUCCUAUUCUGAUAUCUCGCAUCAUUCGCUUGCGCCGAUCCGUUCAGCUAGAGCGGCACGAUAUGCUCCCUAUUCACCCUCUCGCAACAAUGCUAGUCAGAGGGCAGCGCAAACCCCAUCUCCUUUGUUAGCAUCAUCUUCGACAUCGAGCACCAGUUCCAGUUCCAGCAUCCAUUCCCCCGUCACGUCUCCUGUAGCUGCCGCUACCAACUCCAUAACCUCUCUUCGUGAAGGAAAUGUCACCUUCAAGUUCACCCGGUGUUGGUGCGGAGUCAAAGUUUACCUCCUCGAAAGUGGCUCGCCUGGAGAAGCUAUGAUGAAGCACCUGCAUGAGUUCCACGGACUUCCCCGAGUCCGAUCUGACCCACAUACCUGUCCGUGGGAGGAAUGCAAAAAAAAGUAUAUUCGUAACAACCCUGGCAGCGAUAACUUGAAGUCUCUCAAGCGGCACAUCAACCGCGCACAUCUCGGUGCGAGAUUCUUCUGUCGCAACUACCCUCGCUGUAACGCCGUUUUUACUCGUGAGGACACUCGGAACAAGCACUUCAGAAAAGGCAAAUGCAAGGUUCUUGGACAAUCUCCUUGAUCAAGAUCGCGCCUCCUCUUUCCCGCCCUCGUGAUCAACGGAUUGGCGGAUUGGUUUCACAACUCCCUACUCCCGCACUGUAGUAAUAUCGCACUUGUUCUGUGGUCUUUUGUUGCCUUUGCCUUGCUAACGUUGCUUGCAUCCAUAUUCAUCCAUGGACCCCGUAUGUACCCUUAUGUAUACGUCUCUAGCCUCAUACCCCAAAUACUAUUCCACCCAGUAGUAGCGUAACGCACUCAUUGUACUAUAUUGCUCUUGCUCACAAUCACAAUAUGUAUAGCCUCGA